AUGGUCUUUGACUACUUUUCUCAUUUGCAUAAUGAUAUUUUGAAAGGAGACAUAAAAUCUAUCUUGGAUCUCUUGUGGCGGUUGAUUCUUAAUUACUGCAUUCACGAUGACGGAAGUGAUUUUGCACAGCAUAACAGUGUAAGUGCUGGCAGGAAAAUUUUGCAAUCAUGGUGCCAACAAAUUUUACCAGAAGUGAAUUUGGAUACAAGAUACAAUCUCGUCAAAAGCUUAUGUUCCACAGACUACUUCUUCAUGCUACUAGAAGCCAUUCCUGGAAUCAAGAUACCAACUUCUGAUCAACCAAGCAAAGCACUUCAUCUUGAAUUCCUUCUUGAAAAUAUUGAAUCUCAACUCGGAAUAAAGAAAGAUAUUUUGAGUGUUUCUGAAGUUCUAAGUGGAACCAUUGAUGAACAAAUUCUCAUGAUUUACCUGGCUCUCCUAAAAUGGAAGGUUAAAAAUAAAUCCUACAAUUCUCCAAGAAAGCAAUUGAGCUACUUAUCAACCCACAAACUGUCUUCUCCAACUCCGAGGAAUACUUCAGACAAAAGCAUUUUCCAAAAUAGGAAUGCUCCAAAUAUUAAGAAUUUCUUCUCUUCAAGUACGACUCCCACUUUGUCUACUAACGCCAAUGAACCGGCACAAAAAGCAAUAAAUGAUGUUUCUUUUAGCCAGAGUUAUGGAAAAAGAUCGAAAUUCUUUGAUGCUUCAUCGACCACGGAUGGUAAGGAGAGUCCUGUCCCAAGGGGGUCUGUCUACCCAGCUACAGCAUUUAAGUCAAAACCAACAACUAACAUCAACAAUACCAGUAAAUCCCCCCCAUCUUACGACAAGUCACUGUCAGAAAAUAACAGCCAAAUUUUAUCAACAAAUACCAGCAAUGUUACAUCCAAGUCUCUCAAUAUUUCUCCCUCUAAAAUGGCCGAUACGACCCAGACGACUACUGCGUAUGAUACUGAACCUGUAUUCAGCAGUAAAAUAACAUCUACAGCUCUCAGUGAUCAUCCAUCGACAGGAGUGAGUAACAUAUCGACUGGCAUCAUUAACACUGCCUGCACGACCGUUAACAGUUGUUCACCUUCAACAAUUAACAGUCUUCAAACAUCUUCAGGUUUAACAAAACAAACCAUGGUGUCUACAUUAGUUCUACCUAUACUGACAUCAUCAUCAUCAUCAACAAGAGAGAAGCUAAUGUCAUCUAGAUCAUUAUCACCACCAUCUUCUUCAUCACUAUCAUCAUCAUUAUCGUCAUCAUCAUCCUUUCCACUCACAACAACAACAACAACAGCAACAACAACGACAAUGACAGAAAAUAGUGGAAUGUCAACAAAGACAGAAUCUGGUCUGACACUGAGUUAUUCUUCCAUUCAUGAAGGAGAUCUUUGGCCAGAAACACAGGCUUGCCAAAAGAAUGCCUUAAACUCACCAUCAAGCCCCUAUUUUUAUUCCUAUUCAACAUUACAACUGAGUAAAAAUCCUGCAACAGACGUUAGCAGGAAUCAACAAACUGAAGGAUAUUCUGAAAAAUACUUGCUAAGUUAUUCUCCCAGAUCUGAAGAGAAUGGAAAGCAAUCUUCUUCAGAUAGACAGUUCACUGAUUUAAAGAAAACAUCUUCAAUGAGAAAUAAUGAUGUUAGCAGUUCUCUCACGGUAACAUCUUCAGAUAUUGCUGCAUCUGUCAAAGAUGCAUCUUCUAAUGAUAAUGGAAUAUACACAUGUAAAAAAGUUUUUCUCCUGCAAAGCACCGAAUUACCUGCUCCCAUUUCCCAGGUGGCUUCCCCUCUUUUAUCAUUCGAAAAUCAUUCUUUUAAUCAAAGUUCAAAUUUGCCAUCAUGUUCAGAAAAUCAGAUUCUUUUGACUAACAAUGACACAGAACAGACUAAUGGGGGCAUUGUCCAAGAAAGUGUAAAAGAUAAACUUGUGCCGCCAACUCCACCUUUAACAUCUCCUCCACCCUUUCCACCCUCUCCCCAACAGUACUUGCCUACGUUUUUACCCUUUAAAAUUUCUAGCAAAACAUCAACUCUAUCACAGCCAUUUCCUCAUUACCAACAUGACGGGGAAAUAGUCGACGGAAUUUACUUGGCACCUUGUAUAAAUGUGAAUCAGGGAAAUUCUAUUAAAGAUAGAACAGGUAAAGAAAAUAUUGGUCAGCCAAUAUGUCUUGAUGAAGCAUUAAAUAAUGGUAAUCAUGAUAGAUGUACUGAAGUUCCGGAAAAUCAGACUGGUAAAGUAAUCACAGUCAAAUUGAAUUCUCAAGAUGGUUUUAACAAGCAACAUCCAUCGGGACUUACAUCAGAGAAGAUUGAAUUUCUUUGUGAAGAAAUUGGAAAACUUAAGGAAAAAGUGAAUGCUAUGGAAACUGGAAGAACAUCAUUGAACAAUUCUAAUUCUUCAUUUGAAGACACUGUACAAAGUGUGGAGAUACCAGGAAAUUCCCCGACUGGUGAUUGUCAGCUUUCAACUACUUCCAGCAUUAAUAAAACUGAUUUUAAUUUGAGUACAGGAAGAUUACAGGAACAGAAUAAAAACCAGCCUUCAUUAAUUAACUCUUUGGAAAAUUCCAAGCACCAGCAAGUUGUUAAUGAUGGUAAAAAAAUGACCGAACAGCAAAUAAAACCGGAACAUUCAACAUUUCAGUCAAGUAAUAACACAUUACAAGAAAGCAAUAAAAUUUUUCGUCCAAGUGAGAGUUACUCUCCUUUUUCGUCUAAUGUUUCGCCUUUAAGGAGAGGUCAUCUCUGGAAACCUUGGACUAGAACAGACUAUUAUAAAACUAUUAAAACAGAAGAACAUUCGAAUUUCAAACUGAAUGGUAAUAAUACCAAAGUUUCAAACUAUUCUUGUGGUACGGAUUCACCAAAUUCUUUAAUUAGUAAAAUAAACCAUCAAACUAAAGAUUCUCCACUGCUGAGAGAAAACUCAUCUCCUAAAAGAACUGAAUCCUCGAAUGGAACAAUUUACCAUUCUCUAACAUCUUCAAAUAUAAGAAAUCUUGAAGAUAAUUGUAAAGAUUUAGUAAUGAAAGGAACAAAAUAUGAUUCUUUGAACAAGGAUGGACAUAACCUCCACCAGUGUAGCCUCUGUCGUAUGAAUUGCAAAAAUCCACACAGAAAUUCCAGAAGUGACACAGCUGCUGAGGAUGACGAGAUGAAUGAUAAUAAUCAACAUUUCAAAGAAACGUUUUUAAAAGUGAUUUCUUCAAGUGCCAACAAUCAAGAAUUUCAGAACUUACUAGAGAAGUAUACUUGUUUUAAAGAAAACAUUUCUGAUAGAAUUUAUCUAAUAUUUAAACAAUUAAAACAAGAAAUUGAAAAUCUAAAAGAAAGUUUACAACUUGAGAAGACAGAAACCCAUAAUCUGCGAAUCGAAUUUGAGAAGUUGGAGAAAUUGAAGAAGUAUGAUGUUGAGAAAACUGCCCAAGAAAGCCAGACAAGCAUAACAGGAAUUGAUAUUGUUUUUCUUCAACAGGAGAACAUUGUAUUAAAAGAGGAACUGGAGAUGGUUCAAGAAGAAUCCUUUGAAUUAAAAGAGGAUGUAACGGAACUAAAAGAUUAUCAGAAAGGAGUUGAGAAAGUCCUUAAUGAACUGCAAGAGCAAAUUCUGAAGACUGAAUAUGAUAAACAGAUCUUAUCAGAGGAAUUAACUCUACUUUGGCAGCAAAGGAAGGCUCUGAAACUGAACAGCAUGGAUUUAGAUCAAUCUUUUAAAAGUGAUGGAUUUUACCUGUCAAGAUCUCAUGCAAAUAUAGAUGAGGUGGCUUUUUCUAAUCCAUAUCUCAUUGAAAACUAUAAAUCAAUGACUCCUAAAACAAGCAGUCCAACUCGUCAGUCUCUGUCCACUUUUCCAUUCCAUUUAAGUCCUGUAGUUGAUGGACAGGACAGAAAUCUAAAAUGUCCAGAGACACCAAAAUUAUAUCGUACAAUGUCUUGUCUAUCCCAAGUAGAUAGAAAUCACACUGAUAAAAGUGAUGUAGGUUUUUCUCAAAACAUUUGGAGAAGCAGAGAAAACGCAGCUGACAAUUUGGCCUCUAAUUUUGAAAAUAUGAUGGUUAAUAAGAAUGGAAAUACUUCGAAAAUAAUCCAAGAUUUUAAUCCAAAUAAAUAUCAGCUGGGUCAGCAAAACAAAUAUCAACGACUGUACUGGAGUGAUCAACAACUGAAUCAAUUAAUUUCAGAUAAUGAAAUUAGUAAUAGAGAAGAACAAGAUAGGCGUAAUCUUUUUAGUUCUCCUAGUUUGCCAUCAAGGAACAGUUUUUCAUCUUUUGAAGAACCUUCUAGAGCAUCGAAUCGACAGAGAGUAAAUAAUGUGACAUUUAAUUUCACUAAACAGACUGAAAAUAGGUCAGCAAAGCAAGGGUCGGCCUUAAAAGGAAUUCUCAAAAAUGUGAAAAAUACACCUGACAAUGUAAAUGUAGAUCAAAGUUUAUCAAAGAGUCAUUUUAGCAAUUUUCCAAGAAAGGUACGGAGUGUUCCAUGUUCUCCCCAAAACUUCUCUCAUCAGGCAUCAGCUGAGGAUUUAGCACUAACGUCAGAUAUGGAGGAAGUCUUCAAGCCUCUAAAUUCUUUGGAAUCAUUGAAGAGCCCUUUUGGCAUGGGGAAAAGGUGGAAUUCUCAUGACUCCCUGAUUGGUUCUGCUUCUAAAUGGUCUGAAAGUAACUCAAGCAAAAGAGCAAACCUUAAUAGCCUUUCAGGAAACAAAACUCUAUCUCAUGAUCCUUACUUUAAAUGGCGCUUUAACAGAAAAUCUCCUGAUGUCAAACCCUUAUUUGGUAACCCAGACCACCCACGUUGGGUUCAUACUCCUUACAACUUCUUCCUUGCAAAUGCUAAACCAUCUAGUGACACUUUAAAAGUUGCCACACCUGUCUUCUCACCAACUAAAAUCUACAAAAGGAAUAAAAAUAUGUCAAACAGCAAAGAUUCUCAAGACACAGCAAAUAUAUCAGAGACAAACAAUUCUUCUUUGGAAUUUUCAAGAACUCCAACAAUUGCAUCUCAAAACUUAAAUCUAACAAACACUUCAAAAGCACAGGAAUUUUCAAAUCUGUUUUCUCCAGAACAACUGGAAUAUUCACCAAACACUGACGAAGAACAUAACACCGUUGUACGUAAUUUAUGUUCUGUCUUUGAAAGCAGUGAUCUAUCUUUUGAUGGUUCUGAACCUGGGUCAGCAAAGAAAAUUCGAUCUUGGUAUGAUCUUGAUAGAAAUUCUCCUACAAAGCUGACCAAAGAACAGAGACAAUAUGCUGAUAGAUUAAUUGAGAAAUACACCAAGCUGCCAAGUGAAAAGCUUAUCCAACCAGCAUCAUAACUAAUGUGAAUUGUGAGAAGAAAAACAAUAAUAACAACAACAAGAAUAUAAUUUUCAAACUUGUUUUCAAUUUUUCUAUUAAAUAACUUUAAAUAAGGAAAAAAAAGAAAGAAAAAGUAAAAUAAAUAUUGAAAAAAAAAACUCCUUGAUUAAAAUUGAUUUCCAAUAAUUCUGUAAUUAUUUAGGAAAGUGUUGUAGAAUAAAUAUAUAAAUAAUCACCAAUAGGCAACUUUUUGACCCGCUUUUGAUUCGUAGUUCUAUUUUUCUGUUUUUUAUAUUCUUCUUUUACUGGUUUUGACAUUGCUGGGGGCUUCGACUGAUUGGGUUGAAUCCAGUACUUUUGUACUCAUUUGAGCACUUGCAGAAGAUUUAAAGUACAAAGCAGUCAUUGAAAUACUUGGAAAUUACUCAGUCAGACAAUAAUAUUGCAGUGUCUUUCUCUUCAAAUGCACCAGUUCUCAUCUCGCAUUGAUAUAUAAUAUAGGUGUUACACAAUCUCUGAAGAUUUCUUAGUGUAAUCUGCUUAUAACUUCAAACGACUUUACAUAAUGUUUAUCAUUAUUAUUAUUAUUAAUGAAACCUAGAUAUGAUGGUGUGACAAAAUAGUUUAUAAACAGACUGUCCUGUUGGGUUUUUCUUUCCUCUAUGUUCUCUGUGAUUUUUCUAUGGAGACCAAUGAAAUGAAACAGGAACUGAAAUCUGUGUUAUCCAUGCAGUUUUCUCUUUUGUUGUAUAUGAAUGCACAUGGAGAUUCUAAACACUGGUUAUAUAUCAUUUAACUUACUCUAUAUAAUUCUUUCUCUCUAUAUAUAUGUAUAUAGUGGGCUUCCACAUUGUUUCCAUCUACUAAAUUUCCUACACAAUAUGUCGGUCAAUAUUACUUCUUUGAGCUGCUGCGUGGUGGCCUGAAACCAUGCAGUUGCAAAAACAAAAUUCUUAACCACAAAGCCAUGUACACAAUCCGUGAAUUUCAAUUCAAAUUGCAAAUUCCUUAAAUUUCUUUGAGAAUGAUGUGAACAUCACAACACUCCAUUCCAUCUCUGUUACAAAUUUGAAGAAACCUUGUGAAAAUCUCAGCACCAAAGAACAUGGGUUAAUUUCCCAAUGCAAUAAUUCCAAAAUUCAGUUUUGAUUCUUUGGUGAAACUUCUUACUAAUAUUGAUAAUGUCAUGAAAAUAUCACACCAUUUUCUGUUUUUUCUCUAUAAAAGCUUGAAAUUCAUAUCUUUGUAUUUUCCAGUUGUUGUAACUCUUUUGAUACGAGUCCGCCUGAGCCUGUCCCUCGUUCUAUGAUAUACGCUUCUUACUUUAAACUGAUCUAAAUUAAAACCUUCCGUCAAAAUUAAAUAUUAAAAUAUGUUUCAAACAACAGCUUAAUUAUGACAGAGCUAUUUUAUUAAAUUUUUUAUUAUUUUUCAAAACUAAUUGAAACAAAGGCAGUGUAUUCCAAAAGAAACAUGGUAACAAAAGUUGCUAAUCAAAAUAAAAAGAAAUUAUUGACCAUUCUUUGAUGAAUUCUAUGUGUUUUAUUAAACUUAUUGAUAUUGCAAAAAUGUCUCAAUUCUCUUAAAUGUCUUAUAUACUUUGGGUUGUAGUGUCACCUGAGCACUAUACACAAUAAUUUCAUUAUUAUUAUUAUUAUUAUUAUUAUUAUUGUAUGUUAUAAAAUUUGACCAUAAUAAAACACUAA